GACGUUACACUGCCCGCUGAUAACCAUACAGGGUUUGAAGCCUUUACAAGUACAGAGGACUUAUCUAAUACUAUAUUUCUAGCAUACAACUACUGACAACAUGUUCACACUACGAGCUGCCCCUCGUCACUAUCCGGAGUGUUACUGGGACCGACGGCCAUCAACAUGUAGACAAGCGUUCAGCCCCGGUCACAUGUCUCGGCCAACCACGGACAGCCGACUGUUACAGGACCUAACCGAGAGCAUCCUCCUUCCCUUCCUUGGGGCUAUCACGAGUCACAACGAGGACACGCCAUGUAGGCAACACGAACGGUCCAAGAUCAAACAAUGGACACACAGAUUGAAUCUGAAAGGGUACGGACCAGAUGACGUCACGAUAACCACUCGGGAGGGGCGAGUCCUGAUCAAGGCCCGCCGUAUUGAGGGACAGGGAGACUGUUCAGAUAUCUACGAGAGUCACAGGACCAUUACCAUACCUAAAUAUGUUGACGUCAGCUCCAUGAAAAGUCGCUUCACACCCGAUGGUAUGUUGACUAUUGAAGCAAAACUCAUAACCAAGGACAACAAUCAGACGUUUCGGGAGCUCGAGGUGCAAUUAGAUAAAGCCGAGCACAAACAGAAAUCCGAGCCAAUACAGGACGGAAAGGUGAACACAACUGAGGAGAGAGAGAAUGAUGUCUCGGAACCGUACAUUGAGGGUGAACAAAUUCAAUCAGCAAAUCACAGAGAUGACGUCAUUGGAGGAGCAGACCCGGAGUGUAUCAUUGAAUACCCCGAGAGUAUUGAUAGUAUUCACGAGAAAGUGAACUUUGAAAUUGUUGAACCCAAAAUGCCAAGCAUUAGUGGUGACAUAGACCCCAAUCAGGAAACUGACGUCACAAUAGAACAUGAUCAGUAUCUAUACAACCACAAACCCAGCGCAGGUCCCUGUUCUCACAAUAAACAGGAGAUGUGUGACGAAGACUAGAAUACAAAUGUCGAAGAGGCUAUGACGACACGUGCCGAGGAUGACAAGAGAGUGAACUACGAGACAACCAAGAAUUUUACACUCAGCUUCAACAAAGACCAGUUCACUGGAGAUGACGCCAAAGUGUUACUUAAAGGUAACAAUUUACUUGUGACAUCCGAGAAGAAGGAGCGUAAGGAUGGAGUGUUCCGAACGGAAUAUAACGCCACACAGUACACAUUACCGGACGAUGUUGAUGUACGCAAACUUUCGUGCUCAAAGAGUUCUGACGGAGAGCUUUCGGUAACAGCUCCAUAUAAGGAGUUGGAUAUAUGACAUUACCAAAUCAAAAGAGAACCGUGUUAAUGAUGUUCAAUCAUUAUAUAUAUUAUUUAUUUGUCCGUAAACAUGUACGAUGUUUGUUGUUCUACACUUAAGUUUACAAGAAUAACAGUGUUCAAAUGAUUUGAAUUAUACAUUGUAACAUCAUUUAUCAUAAUAUUUUUUUUACUACUAUUAGAUAAUUGACACUCAACAGUUUUAUUUGUGUUAAACAUUUUUAUCAUAUUGCGUUAGCAAAGUCAAUAAAAUAAUGAUAUAUACAAAGAAUAUCCUA